AUGCCACCCAAAGGUCUUCGCAGUGAGGAGACGAUCAUCCCAACAGAUAAUCCUCCUCCAUCCCAGGCUAAGCCUCGUCCAACACCAGUAAACGCGAAGCUUCCAGCCCAACGGGUGAAAACGACACAGCCUCCUGCCACGUUGAGUACCAGAUGCUCUGAUCAGCAGGCGCAGGAAAGCCAGGUGCAACAAUCCAGCACAAAAAACUUACGAACUGCGAAACGAGCCUCGACAUCUGCACCCCAGAUAUCUGAGCCAGUCCACCUUUCACAAUCCCUUUCUUCAUCCCCUCUCGAAACAAUCUCUAUACCAGCAAAACGAAAAGGACGUCCGGGGAAGGAUGAGAAUCCUUGGAGGAAGGCAGGGGUUGGCAAGCGUAGUCAGAAAGACAUUUCGGCGGAUGCGGCGGGUAAGCGAGCCGAGGCGAAUGCGAAGGCAGAGGCGAAAGAGAAGCAACAGGAAGAGAAAGAUCUGAGACGGAAGAAUGGGGAGGUGGAGCUGGGCAGGCUGAUGGAUGGUCGGUCAAGAAUGAUGAAGGAGAUUGACGAGGCGGACGUGGUUCCCUCUGACAUUGACUCAGAAUUUAUCCCAGAGGAUCUCUUUGGUGACGAAGACGAGUCCGAGUACGAAGAGGUGGUCGUUCGCAGAAAGAAACCGAAACCCAGCGCUAAAGAGAAGAAACGCGCGUCCAUCCAGAACCACCGUCAAGCUGUGGACGACAAUCGACACGAAUGUGAGGUCCCGCUGGUCGCUGCCAAUGCAUCACCGAGUCGUACUAGGCCGAAGUCCACCGCGAACUCAAGUAGCACCAAGAAGAAACCCCUCAUUCGUGACGCCGGCCUUGCUGAAGACUGGCGCAAGAAGACAAAGCUAGUCCCUCCCGGGGCAAAGACUCCAGCACCGAGACCGAAGAGCGAGAAGGAUGUUGGAGCUGUGAGGGAGACGGACGGUGGCCUCAAUGAUGCAGACGUCCGAGCACUGAAGCCGACUAGUAGUACUGGACAGGGUCGACAGCGGAAGCAGCUGGUAGAGUUUGUGGCCACGACCAUGGAGGAAGAACCUAACAGCGGCGAUUCAGAGAUGGCAGCCCCGUCGGUGCAGCGCUCUCGAGGUCACAAGAAUGCUAUUGACCCCGACCGAGCUGCUCUACUCCCGCCAAAGAAGUCUACGACGCGCGCAGCGAAGACGAAACGUCCUGAAGAAACGUCGACCGCAUGGGAAUGGGUGCCCGACUGGUUCAAGCCCUAUUACAAUGACUCCUUCAUGCCGACGCUCUACCACAUUACAAGUGUUUCAUACGCACCUUUCACUUACGGACCAACAGCGGAUCUCUACCUCGAUUUGGUUACACGGCUUGUCUCGCACCUUUGUCCCGACAAGGACUACGAAGUGACAAGGAAAUGCAUACUGUACAGACGGAGCAAAUCUAGCCAAGAUACAUGGCGGAACCACUAUCAAAAGACUGCAAAUACGGUCGUUACCGAGGCACUCACUAUUUCCAGGAAAAAGGGUGGAGAUGCCGCGGUAAAGGCUCAUGUGAAACGAGCUCUUGGUCCGUGUGGUGAAGCAUUCUGGGAGAAGCCUCACCCCACCACCCCAACAGGCCCUCUAUGUUCUCCAUAUAUCCUCGAAGUCUUCGGCAUCCAGUACGUGAAGGCCACAGAGGGGGCAAUUAAGGAGUUUUAUGACCCCGAUGACCUUCCAGUUGGUGCACUCUUACUGUCGGUUUUAGCGGUUCACAGAGCGUUCAUGUCAUGCGAGAGCGGCACAUCCGAAGGUCUUGAACCGUUUUCCGGCGAAGACCAAUGGAUCAAAGACAGAACACGCGACUAUCUGGCCGAGCACCCAACAGACCGUCAUCGCGACGGCUCCAUACGCCAGUUAAUUAAACGCCCCCGCCUCUUCCACGAACUUAUCAGGAAGGCAACCGAACGUGUAUCGCAUCAUCGUCGACGAUUUCGUGCCCCAAGUGGGAAGCCCUCCGAAGCCGUCGCUUUGUAUAUACCUAGCAGCCCGCCUCCCGAAGAACACGAUGACGAAAAUUCCACUCCCGCCAGCGAUGCGGAAAGCGGUGGUUCCAUGGAGUCGGGAGGCAGGAUGGAGAUCGACGAAGAUGUGCAAAUGGGCGAAGACCUCAUGGGCGGUGCAGAUGGUGGUGUGCGUGAAGACGCUAGUAAUGUGCAUGGACUCGAUGGUGACGGGGAUCGGCAUGAAGGAUAUGAAAGCACGGAUGAUGACCUGUAUGUGGAUGACCCUGAUGGGGUGUAUCUUCGUAGUGAUCCCGACCAAGGCAUAGUCCGUGAUGCAGAUGGACCUCUCUAUGGCCAUCUUCUACCUCCCGAAGAAGAUACCGUUGUGGCGGAAGAGAGUGAGAAUAUGGGCACUGAUAUGGUGCGAAAAGACGCUGAACGUUCAGCAGAACUCGAAGAUGAUGGCGCAGAAAUUAUUGGGCUGGUGGAGGACUUCGAGGAGGGUGGCAGAGAACUCCCCCCGAACUUUUUUGACGGGUUCGACUCGAACCCUGGGCGUCACCUGCGAGCUAGACAACGCAAUGGGAUGAUUACCCCAUCAGAGGGUUCACGUAGCGGUUCUGACGACGGCGAGGGCGGCUUCAGCUUCUACCCUCGCAGCUCAGACCCGUGGGCCCGAAUUAUCGGCCUCAGUCCUUCUCAACUCUCGCACAGUGAGUCGGAGCGGGUCUUAGAUUGA